GGCCGAGCACCCGUUGGCAAGGCAAAAACACAACAGCCACAGCGUUCCUCACCCCAUCAUCGUCAUCAGCAGCAGCACCCACCACCCAGUCCGCCACGCGUGUGCCGCCGCCGCUACACUCCGUCCCUGCAGCCUGCCCUUUCACAAUUUCAGCGUGGCCAAUGGUGUGAUCGGUUCGGUCAACUCAAGUCUCAACAGCAGUUCUCAGAAUGGGGAGCUGUUCGGCGUUUGGCUGCAAAAACAAGUGUAACAAUAUUUCAAGGAGUAGGGGCAUAUCAUUUCACAAAUUCCCACACAGGAUAAAAUUUAAGUCGAAAUUCAAGCAGUGGGUCCGGAAUCUCAGGUGGAAGAAUUGGACACCUUUAACCUCUUCAGUUAUAUGUUCAGAACACUUCACCCCGGAAUGCUUUGACAGGACGGGACAAACUGUGCGACUCAGAGAAUUUGCAGUUCCAACCAAAUUUUCUUUUCCUGAAGGUCAUGAGGGUUUAUAUAAGAAGCGGAAUGACCUCUGGCAUCCAUACAAAGCAAGAGUCAGGUCAUCACAACAUCAAGACAGCUCCACUGUGAGCACGGUCUGCACACAGACAAGGAAUUCUUCCUUGGAGAAUUACUCAGGAAACUCAUCCGUUCAACUUUCAAAGACCAAGUUAGGAAGCUGAAGAUGCUGUCGGUGGCGGACAAAAUGGCUGUAACAGGACCAUGAGAGAGGUGUGAGCCGUACCGAGCUCAUGGUGCGGUACAGCCUUAAGAAGUCAAGUCAACGUGCCAUACCUACGGGAUGGCCAUCUCCAGCAAACACGGGGUGAAGAGACCCAAGGUGGUGGAGGAGCCGGAGAGUUCAGACUCCGAAGACGACCAACCUGAGGACGACUUUGAAGUAGAGAUCAAGAGGGAGGAGGACGACUGCCUAGACAGCUCCAACCUCGAAGGGGAUAGUUUUAUGGCAUAUCCUGACGACGAGGACUCCGUGGAAAUCAAGGAGGAGGACUUGGACGAAGUGGAUAUCAAGGAGGAAGUAGUUGAGGCCUGGGAAGCUGAAGGCAGUGCUGAAGAAACAAAGACGAAAGAGACUGAAAGGAAAGGGACCAAAAAAGUAAAGUUUUCAGAACCAGAACCGGAGAGUGACAAUUCAGAUUUUUCAGAAAGUGACAAUGAGGAAGACAACUUUGCAGAUGAUGACAGUGAAAAGGAGGAAGGUGAGGUCAAGAAAAGUGUUGGCUCAGGGUUAGCAAAUGUCAUGGCAAAGAUCCUUGGUACGAAGAAAUCCGAAGAUGUCAUAUUAUCGAAAGCAAAGACUGACAAAGCGGUGAAGAAGACGAGGAAGCUUGACAAGGAGGACACGUUUGAGAUCGUGGACGGCAGCGGCCAGGUGAAGAAGGAGCCGACGGUGGAGAUAAAGGAGGAAGAGGAGGACAGGAAACCAGAUAUUUCACUCCAUGACAGAGAGAUACAUCGAAAACUGUGGGAGGAGAAGUUCCGCAAGAGGCCCAGCAUCACAGAGGACAAGGAGAAGGAGCGGCGACUGCGAGUGCUGGCAACACAUUCACAUCACAUCAUGCCGCCCGAAUCCAAGCAACAGGGAAGUGGAUGUAGAACAGACAGUGGGCGUGGCCAGCCAUCCCAGCCGGCCACACACACCUCAGCAGCCUCAGACAUCAUGACUGAGGAACUAGAAGAAGGCUCUCAAGCUUCCCAGAAAAAUGAGGAGCCAGAUGUUCCGCCCACUGCCAGUGAGUCAGACGAUGAUGUUGCCAGCCAUAGCCAGGGUCUGAACCAGAAGUCAAGGAGAGUCAAAAUCAAAGCCAGCCUGACCCCUGAGCAAGAGCAAGUAAUGGUUGAGUGGCUGGAGGCUCACCCCAUCUUGUAUAACAAAAACCUUAUAUCAUACAAGGAUAGAGAAAGGAAGGAAAUGCUGUGGCUGGAGAAGGCGGCUGAGCUGGGCAGACCUGUGCCUGUCCUGAAGACCUGGUACACAAGCCUUAGGAUCAGAUAUGUGACGCUGAGAAAGAAAUCCAGAGACCCUGACCCUAAGUUGACAGAACGGGAGGAAUGGAUCCUCAAGGUCUUUGAGUUCCUGCGGCCACAUGUCUGCGACGUCCAGAGGAUGACAACAUUGAAUGGGACGAUAGCUGCCACUGCUGCUCCUGAGGACCAAAAAGAAGACAUGCCAGGCCCCAGGCCAGCAGGCUCAGCCACCCAGGCCGUCCCCUCUCCAUCAUUGUUAAGGUCUUCACUCGCUGCCCCUCGGUCCAUGGCCCAGAGACAGGGUGUGCAGAAAAAGAGCAUCCAGCAGUGUGGGGACCAGCAGGUGGUGCAGCCUCUGAAGUCAACUGGAAAUAAGGAGAGGGAGGCAUACGCUGACUGGAUCCGGACUGUCAUCCUGAACCUGGACCGCAGCCUGUGGCGGCGCUUCCAGCACCAGAUCAGCAAUCUCAUGUAUGAGUUCAUGGCUGAGAAUAACAAAGUAAAGACUCUGCAGGUUGCAGCAGCAACAACUUCCCAAGACUGCCAGCCAUCUCAGCCUACCUCCUUAGGCAUGCAGCAGCCUUUACCAUCCCAACGGCCAGCUAAACCAACUGGCCAGAUGUCAGUAUGUCACUCCCAGGACCCUCAGUGGGUUGCCCAGCAGCUCCUUACUCAACAGCAGUUCCCUCCCCUACAGCAGCAGCCUCCUCAGCAGCGACUCACCAACACCCAAAUGCAGACUCCAACGCCCUCAUCUGGACCUGGCUCUUCUUCAUCACGCUCCUGUGAGGGCAUGCAGGCCAGCACUCCAGUGCCAUUGCUGAUAGUGAUGAACAAGUCCCAGGACUCCUCCCACCUCUGAGACACCCCAGACCUUGGGGAUCAUCAUCAUCAGCAGCAGCACUUGGACUAGCAAUAAUCAGGACUGCAGCUGGACACAUGUGAUGAUGAAGUGAUGAUGAUGAUAAUUAUUGCCAUGGAUUUUUCAAUUUCAUCCAGUCAUUGUACAUAUUGUCAAUAAAUGAUUGUAUAAAUUUUGAAACUGAAAAGAAAUGGUGCCUCAUUGGUGAGGUGGUGGCUGAGUGGUUAGCGUGCUGGUCCUGCAUUCACCGCGUCCUGGAUGACGCCGGUUCGAAUCUGCUGUUACCACCUGGGAUUUUUCAGUUACUGCCGAGUGGCCUAAGACUGCCCACAUGCUGUCCUGUUGACCAUCCAUCAACCCGGAUUCUAGAGGAACUGUCCAAGGGAAAUCAAGAACGAGCCCCGGGGGGCAGCAUAAGCCAAGAAUAGAUGGCACCACUAUAAACACAUGCUUGCGCCAUGAUGGGCUGGGGCCGACCACCAGGCCCAACCAAGAAAGCCUACCAGUGCUAUAGGCUAGGACAUAAAAAAAAAAAAGUGAAAUUGUUCUGUCUUGUCUCCUUCCUCGUCUUACUCUGGCUAUCAAAAGAGUAGCAAUAACAGCAGCAUCCAGUUCAGUCAGUUGUCCUUGGAGCAGGACCAUCUGGUACAUGACAUGUUGAUGGUUCAUGGUUAGGAGCUGAACUGGGAGGAAUUGGAAAGUUCCCACUCCUAUAUACCUUUCUUGGCCGAUGCAAUGAGGACCUAUUAACCCCUCCUUGACUGCAGAUAUUCUACAAGAAGACAUCACCAAGCUACAGAAAUGGAACAAAAAGUGGCUGCUACAAUUCAAUGAAGAAAAAUGCAAAGUCCUGCACCUUGGGAGGAGAUAUCCGGCAUACCAAUACCACAUGGGAAACACUCCACUAUCCACCUCAAAGGCAGAGAAAGACCUGGUAGUAUAUGUUAUCAGGCUACCAGUGAAAGCCAAAUCUGUGCCAAUCGCAGUGGACGGGUUAAUGACCCAGUGCUAACCUGGGCGUUACCUGGUGCCUGCAUAGUAUUGACCGACACAGUGUAACAAGGGCAUGAAUGUG